AUGGCCGAGGCGGAGGAGUACGAGCGCGGUCACGGCGCCGGGCCGCAGGGCACGCGUGAGCUUAACUUCUGCUCCAUCCGCUUCAACCCGGUGGUCUCCAUCUUGGCCGCCGCAGUCCUCUGGGGCUUCGUCAUUUAUGCAGUAGUGGACCCAGAGGCCUCCACGGUCUUCGGGGAGUGGCAGUCCUAUGUCACCAACAAGUUCACCUGGCUCUAUAUUGUCUCCCAGGACUACUGGAUUUUCUACUUGUUCCCGCUCUGCUACUACUAUGGGGACAUGAAGCUCGGCCAGGACGACGAGGAGCCCGAGUACGGCGACCUCACCUACUUGGCGAUGGUCUGGUGUGCCGGUGUGGCCAUCGGCCUGAUCUUCUAUGGAGCCUCUGAGCCUCUGUUCCAUGCUGAGGACGGUACCAACAAGUACAAUAACAAUGGGUAUUUCAACGAGAACGAUAGGGCCAUCAGCGGACUUCACAUCACACUCUUCCACUGGGGCUUCCUGGCAUGGAUCGUCUAUGCCAUCACUGCGUUGACCAUGGGCUUCCUCUCUUACCGGAAGAACCUGCCGCUGUGCUUCCGUACCUGCAUGGCCCCUCUCUUUGGCAAGGCUACCUGGGGCUGGAUGGGCGACUUGCUGGACGUCCUGACCAUCGUCACCAUCGUCGCCGGUCUGUGCACGUCGCUUGGCCUUGGUGCACGCCAGAUUGUAGGUGGUCUGCAGCGCCUUGAGUGGCUGGAAGGCACCCUCACCGAGGACCAACUGACCAACACGGCCGCCUGGAUCAUCGCCGUCAUCACGCUGCUCGCGACCGCCUCCGUCGUGGCUGGUCUGGACUUCGGUAUCAAGACGGUCUCCUACACGGCCUUCAUGCUUGGGAACUUCCUCAUGGUGGUCGUCUUCAGCCUGGAUGAGCCCUGGUACAUUUUGAACGUCAUUGUCCAGGCAGUCGGGUACCAUCUUGCGCACUUCUUGGAGAUCGCCUUCGACACCGAUGCUUUUGCGCAACUGGACCUUGGCAACGGCAGGCCCAACGACGGCAAGGGAGCGCAUCCCUCGUGGAUGGACUGGUGGACCAUCUUCUACUGGGGCUGGUGGAUCGCUUGGGCCCCAUUUGUGGGCACUUUCAUGGCCCGCAUCUCUCGAGGACGUACCAUCAAGCAGGUGGUCAUGUACACUCUGACCCUGCCUUUCCUGUAUGCCGUACUGUGGUUCUGCAUUUUCGGCGCAGCAGCAAUCCGCAUGAACCGCCGGGCCAUUUGGUUGGAGAAUGUCGGCACGGAGGUUUUCGGCAACGCCGACUACUUCCUCCACACCGCCCUCACCUUCCGGCCCAGUGGGGCAGGCAAGUGCUUCGACGUGCCAGCGAGCUUGCCUGGAGAUGCUUACAGUGCUUACUCCGUGAACACGGAUGUGAGCCCCGUCUGCAAGUUCGCCUCGGGAGACUCGUCCGGGUAUUGGUUCGACCUGAUGGGCCAGUAUUACGGCAUGGGCAACAGCCUUGUCUUUGUGUCCAUCGUCACCACGAUCCUCUACUUCGUGACGUCCAGCGACAGUGGCUCUCUGGUGGUGGACCUGAUUGCCGCAAAUGGUCGCGAGGCACACGUUGUGCAGCGCAUCUUCUGGGCCGUGACGGAGGGUGCAGUUGCCAUCGCGGCCCUUGCGUCUGGCGGUUUCAGCUCCCUCACUGCUUUGCAGGCCGUCUCGAUUGUAAUGGGCCUCCCAUUCACGAUCGUCAUGAUGAUGAUGUGCACAUCCCUUUGGCGUGCGCUGAAGAUCGAGGCUGGGGAGAUUGCUCCCCGGGGCCUACGACCGGAUUGGAACCUGCCCCUUUACGGUGGCAUCUUGGAUGCUCCUGAAUGGGUCCUGACAUUCGGGAGGUCGAAAUUGCCACCUUUGCACGUCUUCACAAGCUUCGGCCUGGCAACCAUCAUGCCUCCGGUCGUCUUCUGGCGCUCCAUGCGGGCCAUGUCCAAGUACGAGAAGGCCCCGACACGUGCCGGAGCCCAUGGCAUGCUCACGCUAGUGCUGGGCGUUGCCUUCAAGGCUUUCGUGAUCCUCCACAUCGUCUCAUGGAUCUACCAGGCGGAUGCAAAUGGCGCCAAGGAAGGCAAGGCGAUGUGGGCCAUGGCCUGGGUCGCAUACCUCACCUUCGCCGGCAUCCUCUCCCUUGGCCGACAUCAGAUCAGGAGGUUGUACGGAAUUGAGGGCUCUGGCAUCGAGGACAUUUGCGCUGCCCUGUUCUUGUAUCCCCAGACGCUCUGCCAGAUGCUGGCCCAGGUCGGCAGCGAGCCAGUCCCGAAGCCAGCUUACAAGAAGGGGCAGGCAAAAGGCGAGGUCGACAUUUGA